GCAAUCUUUCAAUCUGCAAACGCUUCCUUUUGCCUUCGCCAUGCCUCUUUCAAAGCAACAACUCCUUUCUCGUUUACAGGAACUUCAGAUCGAGUUUUCUCGUUACGAGCAUCCUGUUGUUUUGACUGUUGAGGCUCAGGCAAAGUAUGUUGGACAUUUGGGGGGAGGAUUGAGUAAAAAUUUGUUUUUGAAGGACAAGAAAAACAGAUUUUAUAUCGUUUCUGCUUUAGCUGAUACCAAGGUAGAUCUUAAAGUGCUAUCUCAGCGGCUUGGUUUAGGAAAAGGGGGUCUUAGAAUGGCACCUGAAGAGGCUUUGGGUGAAAUACUUCAGGUGUCUCUGGGUUGUGUUACUCCAUUUGCAUUAGUGAAUGAAUCAGCACGAGAUGUUUCACUUUUAUUGGAUCAAGGAUUCAAGGCACAGACGCACUGCUUCUUCCACCCAUUGUCAAAUGACAUGUCCAUAUCUCUAAAUGCAAGUGGUCUUGACAAAUUUCUUAAAUCAAUAGGAAGAAAUCCCACAUAUGUUGAUUUGGAGGCCAAUCCUCCAGUGGGGAAAGAUCAACCACCUGAUCUUGCUGCUCUAGUUCCAUCCGGUUCAAUAGUUUUGCCUGAUCAACCAGAAAAGCAACCUUCUUCACAAGUUCCUAAGGACGGAAACCUUGUUUCUGUGGAUAACAGUUCCAAGACAGUUUCAGGCAAAGCCGGCAAGCCAGCUGUUAGUGAGAAAAAUGCAAAGGGGGCACCAGUAAAAAAUGAACGUUUAUCAAGCUCCUCAGCUAAUGUUGGGCAAUUCGUUGAGGAGAUUUUGCAAAAAACAUCUGAAUUAGUGCUUUUGCAGAUCAAUGAAGGAAAUAUAAAGCAACAUGGAGAGCAGCUUGGUACCGUGGUAUCCGACAAUUUACGGAAAAACCUGAGCUCAGAUUUCAAAAACCUUGCUAUGAUAUUUAAGAACACCGCAUACACAGAAGGGUUCCAUGCUGGUACUCAACAUCAGCGCAGGGGCUUUUGAAUCUCGAUGUUAAAUUUUGCAGCUAUGGAGGUUAAACCAAGGGACCAUAUUAUAACUCCAGUUAUUCAGUAUUCGUUUUAUGACUUCACCUUGCAUUAUUGAUUCAUCGUUCAUAGAGAGAAAAAUUUGGUCCUGAAAAGAGGAUUUGAAAACUAAUUUAAUGGCUUAAAAGACAAAAAAAAAAAAGAAAAAGAAAUAGGCACUUGGAGCAGGUCAUCCAGAGAGAGGUGUUACUCAUUAAAAAUUUCUUCAUACUUUUAAAGUCCCAGUUUAUCAAGAUAUGUGACGAGAUGUCUUUUCAUAGAAACUUUUAUCUCAUGAAUAUACGCAUGACUUUAAUGUUUAAUGUUGAUUUCACCUCAGUCGGUGAAUGAAUUUUAUAGUAA